AUGUAUACAGACUGGUUACAUUUUCGUUUGAACGCUGAGUUCUGGCGUGAUUUUUGUACGCAUCAUUUUCUACCAUUUGCCAAUCGAAGUCGCUGGUUCUCUGGCAAAGGAAGAUGUCCGCAUAGUGCUACUGUUCAGCAUAUUCUUGAAUGGUUAACGCACCCAUCAUACCUAUUGAUCAUCAGGGUCGACUAUGAAGAUGAGAAAGAGACAUAUUUUUUACCAGUCAGUCUCUUGGCAACGAAAGCGCAGGAUGUGCCUGGAAAUGCCCUUAUUACUGAGAUAGCUCUUUCGGAUGGAAAAGAUUUUACGCUUGUCGAUGCUAUCUAUGACGAAUCAUUUCGUCGAGCAUUAUUUCAACAUUUCAAUAUUGGAAAAAGUGAUAAAUCACUCUCAACAAUUCAUUUUAAGGACAUUGAUGAACCGUAUCGAUUGUCUCAAAUUUUAUCUACCGACUCGACGAAUUCAUUGAUAGUCUUCAAUGAUAAAUAUCUCUUCAAACUCUAUAGAAAAUUGUCGACCGAUAUGAAUAGAGAAAUCGAAAUGCUCACGUUCAUUGGACAACAAUGCGAGUUUUCAAAUCACAUUCCGACUUGUUUUGGUGCGAUGGUUUGGUUGAAAGAUCCAGGUUCGAAUAUUGCCUUGAUAUUCGUGCAAGACUUUGUUUCAAACGCCCGCGACUGUUGGUCGAUAGUAACUAGUCUUACAGACGGACCUUUAUCACCGCAAUUCCUAGUCGAAAAAGCUGCCUUACUCGGACGUCGUACGGCUGAGAUGCAUUUAGUUCUGCACAAACCACAUUGUUCGGACACUGAUUUCGUUUCUGAAAUAUUCACUAAGGAAUAUUGUAGAUUCAUCACUCGACGCCUCAUUGAACGUCUUGAACGAUGCUAUGCCGCACUUGAAACAUGUCCAUCAUCUUGGGCAAAGACUAUCUUAAAGGCCAAAGCGUUAUUAUUGCACUUUAUCACUACCUUCGAAUCUCGUUCUUUUCAAUCGUAUCGUAUUCAAGUUCAUGGUGACUUCCAUCUUGGACAAGUAUUGUUCAAUACAAAGACUGGUGAUUAUACAAUCAUUGAUUUCGAGGGUGAACAAUCGAACAAUGUUUUCGAACGACGUCUCAAACAUUCACCUUGGAAAGAUGUGACUUCCAUGAUUCGUUCAUUUCACUAUGCUGCCACAUUGACCCAUAAUCGAUGGUAUGAGAGCGUUUGCGAUGCUUUUCUGCAAUCUUUCCUCAAGCAUACCUCUGAGCUGUGGGUGGACAAAUGUGAAUGCAACGAUUUAUUUCUUUUUCACUUAUUGGAACGAACUGUUCAUGAACUUGCCUAUGAAAUGCAUUAUCGACCGCAAUGGAUCAACAUUCCACUUUGCGGUUUAGUUGAAGUUAUUCACAAAAUCGAGACGCGACAACAAACAUCAACUUUGUUAGUCGAGUCGAAUACUUGA